AUGGACUGGAUAUUGCAAGCCAUUGCUGGACUUGCUAGAGUUCAAUUUGCCGAUAAACGAAAAGGUUCGCUUGACUUGGACUAUAUUACGCCCAACAUUAUAGUCAUAUCGAUGCCCACUAGCAGUAGUAAGCGGGGUAUGUACAGAAACACUGUGUCUCGUCUUUCAGCCUACUUGUAUAAAACACACGGUGAUAAUUGGAGAAUAUAUAACUUGCGAUCCGAGACUGAUGGAGAUUAUAAAGACAGUGAGUUUGAUGGAAAAGUUAGUCGAUUUCCUUUUCUUGACCACGGGCCACCCCCAUUUGAUCUGAUCCCAGCCAUCAUACGCUCUAUACAAGAUUUCUUAGACUCUGACCCAAAAAACGUUGCUGUUAUCCAUUGUAGAGGAGGAAAGGGCCGUUCAGGAACAAUAGCUUGCGCUUAUAUGAUGCGAAUGCAGAAUUUGAGCAGAGAUCAAGCUAUCGAGGUUUUCACCGCUGCAAGGAUGCCAUCAAUACGGGGAAUUGGGUUCAGAGGAGUGUCAAUUGAAAGCCAACGACGUUAUCUGAGUUAUUAUGAAAAGUGGUUGACUGAUGGCCAAGAAAGUAGGAGACUUCCUAAACAAUGUUCAGUGAGGAAAUGUGUUCAACUGGACUGUAUAAAGCUGAUUAACCCAAAAAAACAUUUCAAGUUUCAUAUAGACAUUGAAGAAUUUCUCGACAAAGGACGGUCGAAAUCUACGGUGGCUCGAGUAAAAGCUAAGAAAACAGAUGAUCCUAAUAUAUUGGAAUAUAGGCUAGAUAUGGAUGAACAGCCUAUUCUUCUUAACUCGGAUGUAGGUUUAAGAAUAUGUGCUCGUCGUAAAUUUAUCAAAGCCACGUCAACAAAGCUGUGGUUCAACUUUAUACUUGAGACUCAACCGGAUAGUCCUAAAGGUAGUUUCACAGUUCCCUGGGAAGAGGUGGAUGGUAUCUAUGGGACAAGUAUUCGGGGUAUUCGCAAAAUGUUUAAUAGCAUUUGUGUCCAAUGGACUAUUGUUCAGUAG